AAUCCAGGGGGAGGGGUUGUGCGCGGAAGGCGAAAAGAGGCGGGGAGUUCUAAGUGAAGGAGGAGGAGAAUCGAGUCUCCUCCCCCCCUCCUUUCCCCCUUUCCUUCCGGAUUGAGAGUCGGGGGCUCUUUUUUGGUCCCUUCCCGGCCCCCGUCUCUUUUCCUGAGGUGAGAGAAGAAGAUCCCUCUGAAGAGGCGCGUAAUGAUGUUGGGGUCGCCUGGGCAACAGCCUGGGGGGGCGGGGUCUGGGGCGGCGGUGUCGCCGGCGGCGGCUUCGGCGGGGUCUGGUUCUGCCAACGCCGCUGGGGGAGGCUUUGGAGGUGUCGCCGGCUUCCCUUGCGGAGGAGGAGGAGGAGGCGGCGGCGGAGGAGGAGGUUCGGAGCGGUUCCUGGCUCGCUACGUCCAGGACUACCUAGAGUGCGUGGAGUCGCUGCCGCUGGACAUGCAAAGGCUGGCCUCGCUCCUGAGGGAGAUGGACACGCGAUGCCGAGCAUUAAAAGAAAUUGAUGAAGUGUAUGAGAAGUACAAGAGCGAAGAGGAUCUUGCUCAGAAAAAGCGUUUGCAGCAGCAUCUUCAGAGGGCUCUGAUCAACAGUCAAGAGCUCGGAGAUGAGAAAAUCCAAGUAGUCACUCAAAUGCUUGAGCUAGUAGAGAACAGAGCCCGGCAAAUAGAGUCACACUCCCAGUGUUUCCAGGAUCUGUCAGAUACAGAAAAACCCACUGAAAAGUCAAAGAUAGAUCUUUGCCAACCAGAAAGAUCUUCCCGAAGACCCCGUAGACAGCGCACAAGUGAAAGCCGUGAUAUUUGCCAUAUAGCAAAUGGAAUUGAUGAGUACGAUGACCAGCCUCCUAAAGAAAAGAGAUCCAAAUCUGCAAAGAAAAAGAAACGUUCUAAAGCCAAACAAGAAAGAGAAGCUUCACCAGUGGACUUUGCAGUGGACCCUAAUGAGCCAACUUACUGUCUUUGUGACCAGGUGUCUUAUGGAGAAAUGAUAGGGUGUGACAAUGAACUGUGUCGCAUUGAGUGGUUUCAUUUUUCAUGUGUUGGACUCACUUACAAACCAAAGGGGAAGUGGUAUUGCCCCAAGUGCAGAGGAGACAAUGAGAAGACUAUGGAUAAAUGUACAGACAAAUCCAAAAAAGAUAGAAGAUCGAGGUAGUCAAUGUUCAGAAUGCACUGAGAGCUGUGUCAUUUUUUAAUUAAAAACUGUUUAAUAAGCGACUAGUAUUUUAGAAUAAUGCAUACAACUAUGCAAUAAUUUUUAAAGUCUACAGAACUAAAUGGAGUAUUAAUAGCUGUUAGUACAUUUUGUGCUUUGAAUAUUCUGCACUAAAUAACCAAAUUCUUCAAGCAGGGUCACAUGGUAGUAACAAAGGGGUAAUUAAAGAUUCUUUGUCCCUCAGUGUUUUUAAUUGCAGAGUUAAUGGUGAUACCUGACGAAGAAGAACCGAAGGGAUAAUCAUGUUAAGACUAGUGUGUCAGCAUCUAUUUAAGUUGCAAUUUUAGUCCGUUAUGACUCGUUCUUUUGACUUCCUGUUAGAUCUGUAAUGAGUUUAUUCAUCUGGGUGUUGUAGAUAAUAUUUUGAAUUGGGGCCUACUGUUUGCCUUUACAUUUUAGGUCUUACAAAGUAAAAAGCCAAACUUCU